GAGGGAUCAAGCCCUCAAUCCAUGUACACGCCGGAUGCGUCGGCCAUGCCUCCCUACAGCUUUCCUGCACUACCAUCGGACGCUGGACCGUCCUCAAGCGCGCUCUCGAGACGCCAGACGCGUAGGUUGUCGGAACCCGCGUGCUUGGACGCGACCAGCUUCACCGCCCGGGGACAGAUCGCGCACCCAUAUGCGCGCCUGUACAACAAAAAGAACACCGCCGGCAAGCGGCGAAAGAUGUGGAAUCACGCCCUCGAAAAGAUUCUGUUCACUCCUCAGGAGAUCUCGACGAUGGGGGCACCUCAUAGGCGAACCAUCUAUACCGCCAGUCUCGAAGCGCACAUCGACCGUCUUCAUGAUCAGUUAGCUAGCUACUCGCUGGCGCCGGUCCCUCCGGAGAAGCUCGACCCAUAUCGCGGACUUAACGCCAAGACAGCAAAGAGCAUGGUCUCUGGAUUGCAUCACGACGGCGUUGAGCAGAAGCUGAAGAUUCUCGAGAUCGAACGUGCUGUA